AAUCUACACAGAGGAAGAAUGAAACUCCGCCCACUCACUGCUCCACGGCCUCAGCUGUUUUGAUUCUCGGCUCUGACAGCGGAGACAUGGCGGAAAACUGGAAGUCCAGGUGACUAUUUUUGCAACCCUGCCUUUAAGAUAAACCCAAGCUCCCGUCCUUUUGGAGGAGUCACCAAGAAAGCUGGCUGCUUUGUUCGGCUCUCGCUUCCGCCCGGAGGACAUGGAGGUGACGGCGGAGGGAGAGGCGGAGGAGCGCAGGAGGGAGCAGUGGAAGCUGCUGUCCAGUCUGAAGACCACAGUUGAGGGCCUUUUAUCUACCAACAACCCCAACGUGUGGUCGCGUUAUGGUGGCUUGCAGCGGCUACACAAGGACAUGAACAACAUCCUCAGCCAUAGGCUGAAGAACGAGCAGGUGUAUUACAAGCAGCGAGACUAUUGGCCGUUUGUUUGGUGUGUUCGCUACAUCAGCCCCCGCCUGGCUCCGCAUGUCGAACAGUUCAGCCACCUGGAUCCGGUGCUGAGCAGCGGGACGCAGAGCGCCGGAGAAAGCUACAAGGCCGAGCGAUGGCUUCUCCAUAGCUUACAAGUCCACAUGCUCUCGGCUCAGCUCCGACCGCUGCUCAGACAUCCGGGGAAUACAUGUAAAUAUUACAGCGGUGAUGCCUUCCUGUUGAGCGAGCCUCAUGUGACCGCCAUGUUUCAGUGUCUGGAAGCUGUGGAGCAGAAUAACCCAAAGUUGCUGGCUCAAGUGGACACAGUUGGGCUGUCCCCUCUGAAGGGCUCGCCAUGUCUGGGGCUGUUUAAGACCCAGAGCCUGUGUGUGUUGCCAGGAGCCUGUGGGGUCUGGAGGAACGCUGAUGGGGUUCCUGCAAGAGACGGUCUGAACCGUAGACUCACCAGCUCCAACUGCUCUCUGCGAGAUGUCGCCGUAAACAAUAACUCCUCAGACACCACAGGAGCUAGGUCCCAAAGGGAAAACAAUACAAGCACUAUCUUUCCAUCCAGGAGUCAGGACGCACCCUGGGUGUUUGUGUCCAGAUUGGAGGAGAUGUCGGAACAACACGUCACAUCCCCGACCAUCCCUCCCGUUCCCCUAACGGAGUCCACCUCCUCCCUUCAGCCGGAGCAUACCAACUGCUGCGAUGGUGACUCUGAUGAUGGUCCGGAGUAUCUGGCCAUCGGUAACCUGGGACAGCAUAAACGCAGCGGCUCUCGAAGCUCCACCCACAGCAGCGAGCAGGACGAGAUCAAGGAGCAGCACUCUCAGAGGAAGUCCGUGGCUCCGACUCCACAGCGGCGGUCGUCUUUUUCAGAGGGCCAGAAGGGGCGGGGCAGGGGCCCUCUGGGACACACCCGCUCUUUUUCAGACACUGGGCUCAACCAAAAACUCCGGAACGGAGGCGGCCACAGAAAAAUCACCAUAAUAAUAGAGGAUCCGGUUGCAGAAUCAGCCAGUGAGGACCGCAGUAUGACCGACUACAGUCCUUUUUCACCUCAGAGAAGUGAUUCCAGCUCUCCCACGUCUUUUUACAUGGAGUCCUCUGAGCGUGUUUUUGCUUCUUCAGACGGGUCCCAGUCCAGCAGCGUCCCAGAUGGGAUGUUCAGGAAGCCGUCAAAGGGACAAAGCCUCAUCAGCUACUUGUCGGAGCAGGACUUUGGCAGCUGUGCGGACCUCGAAAAGGAGAAUGCUCAUUUUAGCAUCUCCGAGUCCUUGAUUGCCGCCAUCGAGCUGAUGAAGUACAACAUGCUUCGUCAGGAGGUAGAGGGAGAGGAGGAGGGGGACAGUGAUUCAGAGAUCCAGCAGCUCAAGCAGAAGAUCCGCCUGCGGAGGCAGCAGAUCCGACACAGCCGUCUGCCUCCCUACACCGCCUCCCAACACAAUUUCCACUCCACCGACAGUGGAGGCUCCAGGAGGAGCUCCCAGGACUCGUUCCAGGGCCUGUCCGACUCCGGCUCGGCUGAGGAGGUGGAGGAAUGCGAACUGCAAGAUGGCUGUGAGGGUCAGUCCCUGCUGGCGGUGUCUCAGAAUGGCCUCUCCUUGUCACUCGCCUCUCUCUUCUCAGAUGCAGAUAUAAAACGCAGCGUGAGCUCCAGCAGCAGGUCGUUUCUCAGCUCAGAGUCCAUCUCUCCAUCCUUCCUGCAGUCAAACUCAGCUGAGUCAGUAGCCAUGGGUCUGCUCCGGCAGUUUGAAGGCAUGCAGCUUCCUGCAGCGUCGGAGCUCGACUGGCUGGUCCCGGAACACGACGCUCCACAGAAGCUGCUGCCCAUUCCCGACUCUCUGCCGAUCUCUCCUGAUGAUGGCGAACACGCAGACAUCUACAAGUUGAGGAUUCGUGUCCGAGGAAACCUGGAGUGGGCGCCACCUCGACCUCAGAUCAUCUUCAACAUUCAUCCUGCCCCAAAGAGGAAGAUGAUUGUCGCUAAGCAGAACUACCGUUGUGCUGGCUGUGGCACCCGUAUCGACCCAGACUACAUCCGGCGCCUGCGCUACUGCGAAUAUCUCGGCCGCUACUUCUGCCAGUGCUGCCAUGAGAACGCCCAGGCCGUCGUACCUGGCCGAGUGCUCAGAAAGUGGGACUUCAGCAAGUGCUACGUCAGCAACUUUGCCUGGGACCUGUUGAGCAAAAUAGCCGGAGAUCCUCUGUUCAACCCCAGCGACAUCAACAGCGGUCUGUACAAGAAGAUUAAAGCCCUGGAGUCCGUCAGGGUUCUGAGGUUGCAGCUGUUUCACAUGAAAAACCUUUUCAGGACCUGUCGCUUCUCUAAAGAGGUGCUCGACCACUUCGACAGCCUGCCAGGCCAUCUGACGGAGGACCUUCACCUCUACUCGCUCAACGAUCUCACCGCUGUUCGCAAUGGAGAACUGGCCCCCCGGCUGAGAGAGCUGCUGAAGCUUGGCUCCAUCCACGUCUCUCAGUGUGUGCUGUGCCAAGCAAAGGGCUUUGUGUGUGAGUUCUGCAACAACGACAAAGACAUCAUCUUCCCCUUCCAGCUGAGCAAGUGCCAGCGCUGCGAAGAGUGCCAUGCCUGCUACCACCACAGCUGUUUCCGGGCAGGGAAGAGCUGUCCUCGAUGUCUGCGGCUGGCAGAGCGCAGGGAGAGGAUGGCCCGCAAAAACAUGGAGGAACAGGAGGACGAGGGCGGCGGGACGUAGGAGUCUGUAACCUCGGGAAUGAAGAGGAGAACUGGUCAAUGUUGAUUGUACUAACUGUCUUACUUCCCGUCUCCCUCCUCUCGGUUCUUAAAAGAAAUAUUUUCUUUAAUCCUCUUUAAAAAAUGCACUUUAUUUUAUUAAUGCGUCCUGCAUGAAAAGAUUGUGACUUUUACACACCGAAGUCGGAUAAGGCUUAUUUUUUCUAAUUAGUAUUUUCAUUAAAAGUCUAAAACUGAUGGUUUAAUCCAACUUUCUAGCUUAGAACAUCUGAGUGACGAGCCCUUUACAGUUCGAGCCGCUGAGUUUCAACUUGUGUGAAUCAUUAAACCUGCCGCCUUGCACGUUUCUUAUGCCGCCAUGUUUGUAGUUUAAUGUGCAACAAGAGCCAAAGACUGUCGGCGCUUGUGAUAUUUGUAGUAAAAUCUAACGCACCUGUGUUGACUUGCUCAGACAGUUUUUCUGUUUCCUCUGCUGCUGAGUUUAGUUGAUUUUAGAGGUUUAGUUUUAUUUUUAAAGAAUGACACUGGAAAUUUAACAAGUUUUAUAGGAUUUCAGUGAGACAAUUAGAUUUUUUUUUACUUUAAUUCAAAUCUCCAGCAGAGGUUUAAUUUGUUUUUCCCCUUUUUUGCUCAAAUGUUUAAUUUUAAGCUAUUAACUUGGACACACUGUUGUGCCUUUGAGACCAGUAAACAAAUGAGGAGGAAGGUAAUGGAGGCGUUGCAAAUACUUUUAAGAAAUCGCUGAAGCUCCGUGUGUGUGUGUGUGUGUGUGUGUGUGUGUGUGUGUGUGUGUUUGUGUGUGCGUGUGUGUGUGUGUGUGUGUGUGUGUUUUGACCUGAUUUGCUUUCAGCUCUGAGCUGAUUUCUAACACACGUUUUGUAACAACAGUUUUCCGUUUUGGUUAACUGCACUGAUCUGGUGUCUGUAGAGUUCUUUCAGAUGUUCGUUUUAGGAACAUUCAUCUUGAGACGUUUCUGUUUCUCUUUGGGUAUCUAACAUUGUGCAUGUGUGGGGGUGUUGCACUUUUGGGAAUCAAACUGCUCAUAGUUACUUCUCUCCACGGUUAGUGGAAGAAUAAAUGAUUCCAGAACUGAUUUAUUCAGUCCUGUUGCACUUUGACUCAUCUGUUGAGCUCACACAUCUGUCCCAUGUGGUUACUACUGGACCAGUGAGGAUGCAGAGUUUAAUGUUGCAUCUGAUUUUUGUUGAUUCAUAGAAAGUUUCGUUAUCGCUUCUAGAUCAUUUGUCCUUUCUUUAAUCAAAAGCUUGACAGUGCAUCCUUGGGGUAACUAACAAACCAAUCCUAGUUGGUUGUUGUUCAACGCUUCGUCCUGAAACUCCUGAACUAAACAGAAAAACCUCCUCAGCUUGUUUGUUUUUGAACUGCCUUUAACCAGGAGGAGUUUAAAGUGCACUAAAGAUUUACUGUUUAUGAUUGAAAAUGUUACUUAUUGUUAUAAUUAAUAUUUAUCUUAAUUUGCUUUGAGUCUGUGAUUAUAUUGACAAUAAAUGACUGGCAAGACUGUUAA